GAAGCUCACCGCCGGCGACAGUACUUGGCUGCAACGUGCAAGCCACCCGCCACCAGCCCUUCAGCUUGGCGUCGACUGUUUUUGGAGUAUCUAGACAGAAUGGAAGGUUGUCAAUGAGGAGUAGAAUCCAUAGCCAAUUAUUAGGAAUUCAGAAUACACCUUCGUUUUCAGCUGGGAAAAAGUUUCAACUUGAUGAUUUGAUUGAGGCGCAGCAGUUUGAUAGGGAAAUUCUAGCUGAUAUAUUUGAAGUUGCUCGUGAGAUGGAAAAGGUUGAGAAGAAUUCUCCUGGGAGUCAAGUCCUUAAGGGGUAUUUAAUGGCUACUCUUUUUUACGAGCCUUCUACUCGUACCAGGCUUUCUUUUGAGUCUGCAAUGAAAAGGCUAGGUGGUGAAGUUUUGACAACUGAAAAUGCGAGGGAGUUUUCGUCCGCAGCCAAGGGAGAGACUCUUGAGGAUACUAUUAGAACUGUUGAAGGCUAUUCAGAUAUUAUUGUAAUGCGCCAUUUUGAAAGUGGUGCUGCUAAAAGAGCUGCAGCAACAGCUGAAGUUCCUGUUAUCAAUGCAGGAGAUGGGCCUGGACAGCAUCCCACCCAGGCUCUUUUGGAUGUAUACACUAUCGACAGAGAGAUAGGGAAACUGGAUGGUAUUAAAGUUGCACUUGUGGGAGAUCUUGCUAAUGGGAGGACAGUCCGCUCACUUGCCUAUUUGCUUGCCAAAUACCAAGAUGUGAAGAUAUACUUUGUCUCUCCUGAUGUGGUAAAAAUGAAGGAUGACAUAAAAGAUUAUCUGACAUCAAAAAGAGUUGAAUGGGAAGAAAGUGCCGAUCUAAUGGAAGUUGCUUCGAAGUGUGAUGUUUUAUAUCAAACUCGUAUUCAGCGAGAACGGUUUGGGGAGAGAAUUGACCUUUAUGAAGAAGCUCGGGGAAAGUACAUUGUGGAUCAUAAUGUGUUAAAUGUGAUGCAGAAUCAUGCUGUGGUCAUGCAUCCUCUCCCCAGGCUAGACGAGAUAACUGUUGAUGUUGAUGCUGAUCCAAGGGCUGCAUAUUUUAGGCAAGCGAAGAAUGGUCUCUAUAUCAGAAUGGCUCUCUUGAAACUUCUACUUGUUGGGUGGUGAGGGAUGGAUUACCUUAAUCAAUCUUGAAAUUUUGAUGCGUAGUGUUUGACUUGCUUGUCCUUGUUGUUUACGAGUGAUUUGAACUGA